ACCAUCGCCCGAACUAAUUCUCAACAAAUUUGACCAACUAGUUUCACAUUGCCGUUCUCGUGUUCUCUAAUUCUCCGCUUUUCUUCCUUGAUUUCGCAGAUGCAGACAUUAGCCCACCCCUCGCACGUGAUACUCCCCGCCUCACGUGCCGAGGCAGCUUGGUCCCAAUUUCACCGGCCUUCGGCGUCCUUUCCAGUCACUCGGCCUCUUGCGCUGCCGCGAUUUAGCUCAACUUCAACCUCUAGGGGACGCUCCGCACGGGCGUUUCUUGACCUCAAAGGCGGUAGAGGAAUGAGUGGGUUCAUUGAUGUUGAGCUAAACGUCCGUGAUUACGAGUUGGAUCAGUAUGGGGUUGUCAACAAUGCUAUCUAUGCUAGCUAUUGCCAACAUGGUCGUCAUGAGCUUUUGGAACACAUUGGGGUAAGUGCUGAUGCAGUUGCUCGCACUGGUGAUGCAUUAGCACUCUCGGAGUUGUCACUCAAAUUUCUCGCACCUUUAAGAAGUGGAGACAAGUUUGUUGUAAAAGUGAGAGUAUCUGGCUCGUCUGCUGCGCGCUUAUAUUUUGAUCACUUGAUAUUCAAGCUGCCAAAUCAAGAGCCUAUUCUGGAAGCAAAGGCCACUGCAGUUUGGCUUGACAAAAACUAUCGUCCAGAACGUAUCCCAGCUGAGAUUAGAUCAAAAUUCAUUCAAUUCCUUCGCCACGAAGAAUCUAAUUGAUUUUUACCACUCAAAUAACUAACAAGUGGGAAGGAUCAAAGGUAAGGCAAAGACCUGCUGAAUUGGGUUAGUAUGUUAGGCAUACGCCUUAUUUUUCAACUCGAAAACAUGAUUUUCACUCAGAUGAUUUAGACGGGAAAACACUUUACUGCAAAUGGGAGAAUUUCUUCAUUUAUUGUCCACUCUUGAUGUUUAUGAAAAUGUUCCAACUCCCCUUUCGGAGAUAAUAGACAUUAUGAGAACUUGAAAAUGUUCUCUUUUCUUCUAUAUUUACCGAACUUGUUCAGAUUCAUCCA